GUGGAAGAUAACGGAAGCGAUAGCUCGGAGGAGGUGGCAGCGGUGGGCGGCGCUCGGCACAGGGCGGGCGGCGCGGGCGGCGCGACGACGGCGCACAGCAAGCAGCUGGCGGCGGCCGGGGCCAACCACCCGGCCCAGCCGCAAGGUAACAAACGAUCCGGUUGUGGUGGCGACGGCGACUACCAACUGGUGCAACAUGAGGUGCUCUACUCCUCGUCUAACAGAUACGAGGUGCUGGAGUUCCUGGGGCGGGGCACGUUCGGUCAGGUGGUGAAGUGCUGGAAGAAGGGCACCAAUGAGAUCGUCGCCAUCAAGAUACUCAAGAACCACCCCAGCUAUGCCCGCCAAGGACAGAUUGAGGUGUCGAUCCUGUCGCGGCUGUCGCAGGAGUCGGCGGACGAGUUCAACUUCGUCCGGGCGUACGAGUGCUUCCAGCACCGCUCGCACACGUGCCUCGUGUUCGAGAUGCUCGAGCAGAACCUCUACGACUUCCUCAAGCAGAACAAGUUCUCGCCGCUCCCGCUCAAGUACAUCCGCCCGAUACUGCAGCAGGUGCUCACCGCGCUGCUUAAACUCAAGCAACUGGGGCUGAUCCACGCGGACCUCAAGCCGGAGAACAUAAUGCUGGUGGAGCCGGCGCGGCAGCCCUACCGCGUCAAGGUCAUCGACUUCGGUAGCGCCAGCCACGUCAGCAAGGCCGUCUGCAAUACCUACCUGCAGAGCAGAUACUACAGAGCACCCGAGAUCAUCCUGGGUCUGGCGUUCUGCGAGGCGAUCGACAUGUGGUCGCUGGGCUGCGUGGUCGCCGAGCUGUUCCUCGGCUGGCCGCUGUACCCUGGCUCCUCCGAGUAUGACCAGAUACGGUACAUCUCGCAGACGCAGGGCCUGCCCACCGAGCAUAUGCUGAACAGUGCAUCCAAAACAGCGAAGUUCUUCUACCGGGAUGUGGACAGCACAUAUCCAUUCUGGAGGCUGAAGACACCAGAAGAACAUGAGCUGGAGACGGGCAUCAAGAGCAAGGAGGCGAGGAAGUAUAUCUUCAACUGCCUCGAUGAUAUAGGACAGGUGAAUGUGCCCACUGAUCUCGAAGGCGGUCAACUGUUAGCGGAGAAGGCCGACAGACGAGAGUUCAUCGACCUAUUGAAGAGGAUGCUAACAAUGGACCAGGAGCGUCGCAUCACACCGGGAGAAGCGUUACACCACGCGUUCGUGACGCUCGCUCACCUCGUCGACUACGCGCACUGCAACAACGUCAAGGCCUCCGUGCAGAUGAUGGAGGUGUGCCGGCGAUCGGGCAGCGGCGUGGGUGGCGUGGGCGGUGUGGGCGGCGGCGAGUACGUGGGGGGCGUGGUCGCGCCCGCCGCGCCCUCCGCCCACCACCUCGCGCUCACCAUCAACCAGCAGCGGCUGCGGGCGGCGCCAUACGACAACCUGUACCAGCUGUAUCAAGGCGGUCGCGUGGCAGUGGGCGGGGCCAGGCAGUACGCCACGCGCGCGGCCGAGCCCUUUCCGCACCAGUUCGUCUCCUCCAUACUGUGUCAGCCCGCCUACCAGGUGCAGCAGCUUGCUGCGGCGGCGGCAGCAGCAGCGGCCGCCCACCACCAGCACGGUGUGGGCGGUGUGGGCGGCGUGGGCGCGGUGGGCGGGGUCGGCGACGUGGGCGAGUGGCGCGCGCCGCUCAUCGUGGAGCCGGCGCCGCUGCCCGAGCCCGACGUGUGGGACUUCCAUCCUCACCACCAGCAUCACCAUCCGCACAAGAGAUCCACCAAGCAGCAGGCGAGCGGCGCGCCCCACUACCCACAGCAUCACCAGCAUCAAUACAGUAUGGCCAGCAGCGGGGGUAAGAAGGAGCCGACGCAGCUGUCGCCGGUCAAGAAACGGGUGAAAGAGGGCACACCACCAUCGAGGCACAGGCAUGAUCACACUGCGCGUGCGUCCGGCGCCGCACCGGCGACUGGUUGGGACGCAGCGUGCGGCGGCGCGGCGACGAUCACGAUCCGCGACACGCCGUCGCCAGCCGUCUCCGUCAUCACCAUAUCGGACUCCGACGACGAUGCUGAGCCGCGCCCCGCGCAGCGCGCCGCCCCGGCCGCGGCCCCCGCAGCACCCCCCGUCCCCGCCGACACGCACAACAGAGGCAGCGGUGAGUGCGUGGCGACGUCGGUCUCGAGCGGGCCGGCGGGCGCGAGCGGUGCGGGCGCAGCGCCGGCCGGCGUCAUAUGCUCCGUGCGUACGCCGCGCGACGAGCGGGUCAAGCACGAGCCGCCGAUAGCGCAUCAGCAAUGUCACCACCACCAGCCUCAACAGCAGCAACAGCAGCCCCAACAACAACAGCAGCAGCAACAGCAGCCGCAGCUGCAGCAGGCGGUGCCGCAGCAGCCGCGCCAGGCCAGCAGCUCACAGGCUACGCCCCAGAGCCAGAAGAAGCGUCUCCUGGCCCUCGCGCAGCAGGAGGCCCAGGCCAAACUCGAGCCGAGCCACGACCACACCGCUCCCCAUUAUAAUAGCGGUUCGAAUGUGCGCCAGGGUUCAGAUUAUCAGUGCAAUCAAUAUGUUCCACCGCAGCACAAUAAAAGGGAUAGUAGCGGGGGCUCCCGAGAAUAUUUACCGGUCAGCAACGCGGUGAGCGGGGUGAGCGUGAGCGGCGUGGGCGGCGUGAGCGGGGUGGGCGUGGGCGUGGGUGGUGUGGGCAUGGGCGGCGUGGGCGUGGGCGUGAGCGUGGGCCCGCCUGCCGCGCACAAACACCCGGCGCACGCGUGGCACCAUCAUCCACAUUACAAAAGCGCACGCGGAGGUGUGUUGUCGCCGGGCGGCGGAGUGUCGCCGGGCUACCUGGCAGCGCCACCGCUGUACGUGCCCACGUAUCACUACCACACGGGCGGUGUAAGUGGCGUGGCGGGCGUGAGCGGCAUGGGCGCGGUGGGUGGCGUGGGCGGUGUGGGCGGGCCGCCGCCGGCGCACCACGCGAGCGGCGGGCGGCUGGCGGGCUACCUGCAGCCCUACUCCCCCACCUACCUCGUGCCGCAGCACCACCAGCACCUCUGGUACACCGACUGAGUGCGAUGACGCGACGAAUCAAUACGAAACUCCACGAGCGAAGACGGCAGAAGUGAAGGGACGGGAAGACGACGGAGUGUCGCAUCGGAUAUUGUAGCAAGAGAAAUGAAGUCGAAACGUACCCGUCGCUGACGUCCGUGCGUGCACGUUGUGAAGUUAGCCGCGCGUGCGUGUCGACUCGCUCGCUGUCCUUACCUGCGGCGCGGCGCAUGGUUGGAUGCGGCCCCCCGCGGGCAUAAGGGCAGUCGAGCGAAAAACGCGUACUCUACUCACACUAUAAUUUUUUAUUCAAAACUUUGACUAGUGUGUCCUGCGCGUCGCGUGGCUCGGACCGACCGGCCCCGCGCGGGCCGGCGGCGGGGCUCUGUAUAGAUAGUGUUAAUACGGCAGAGAGAUUUCUGUAAAAUAACCUGCUAUAGUAUAAUCGAAAGUCUAAUUUAAAUAGUGUUUUAUGAGUUGAUUUUAUAUGAUCGAUGUAUCUAGUGCCGCAUCCUUGACUACGAUGUUCUUGUACAAAUAUGAGUGUUAAGUGUUACUCGGCGUAGAGUUCGCUGUAUAGUGCGAUGGCCGGCGCUCCGCGUCGGAGUUUAAAUUAAUUUUAAUAUGCGAAUGAAGCGAGUAGUGCAUUUACUAAUGUUUUAUCUUAGGUGUUAGUGUUUGUACCAAAUCUACUAGUGGGGUGACUGCGGGGCCGAGGCGGCCGGUCCCGUGCGGGGUUUUAGUUACGAUGUUCGUCAAUUAUUUGUUUUAUAUUUCCGUUAAGGCUGGGGUGUGAGAUUUUACGUUCCAUAUCGAGUAGGGUAGGCGCCGCCAUGGAUUAACAAACAUAAUGCUGUGUUUUCUACGUGUAUAAUCGUAUUAACCGACCUCUAGUAGUCCUACGUGUAUAGGUGGUGGAACGAGUAUAUUUAAGAGUUUUAUAUAACACAUAGCGCAUAUACGUUACUAUAGUAUGCAUGUAUAUUGAUUAGAUAGAACAAAAUUGUUGAUCGCUAAA